UCUGUCCGAAAGAGAGCAAGUUUGUGUGUGUUUGGAGAAGCGCGGGCUCACUCACUUCAGUUCUUGUCCUAGAUAAAAUCUAAACAAACCGAGUUCAAGGAGGACGAUCAUCUACCUUAAGGAGUUUGAAACCCCAUUGAAACUCCUCUCGUCGUGAUCAGCGAAAUCAUGUCUGCCUCAGCGACGAAAGUCAGUAAGAAGGAACUGAACUCGAACCACGACGGAGCGGACGAGACCUCGGAAAAAGAGCAACAAGAAGCCAUUGAGCACAUUGAUGAAGUACAGAAUGAAAUUGACAGACUGAACGAGCAGGCGAGCGAGGAAAUUCUCAAAGUUGAACAGAAAUACAACAAACUUCGUCAGCCAUUCUUUCAGAAGAGAUCCGAACUCAUAGCUAAAAUCCCCAACUUCUGGGUCACAACAUUCGUCAACCACCCACAAGUCUCGGCACUUCUUGGUGAGGAGGAUGAGGAAGCACUUCACUAUCUGACCAAAGUAGAAGUGACAGAGUUUGAAGACAUCAAAUCAGGCUACAGAAUAGAUUUCUAUUUCGAUGAAAACAUGUAUUUCGAGAACAAAGUCCUCUCCAAAGAAAUUCACCUAAAUGAAAGUGGAGACCCAACCUCAAAGUCAACAGAGAUCAAAUGGAAACCAGGAAAAGAUCUCACAAGUCGCUCUGGUCCGACACCAAGUAAAGCUGGCAAGAAGAGGCAACAUGAAGAACCAGAGAGUUUCUUCACCUGGUUUACCGAUAACGCCGAUUCAGGGGCGGACGAGUUGGGCGAAGUUAUCAAAGAUGACAUCUGGCCAAAUCCUCUUCAGUACUACUUGGUCCCAGACAUGGAGGAUGAGGAAGGAGAGGAUGAGGAAGAAGAUGAGGAAGGUCUGGAUGAUAUUGAUGAGGAGGGAGAGGAUGAUGGAGAGGAAGAUGACGACGAUGAUGGAGAGGAUGAUGAAGGUGAGGAUGACUGAAGCUGAAAUCGAGGAGGAAUAUAAUCCAAUCAUUUUCCCAGUUCCACUUCCAAAUCGCUUCUUUGACUUUUUUUUGUUAUUGUUUUAGGGAGCUAGAUGCUUCUAUUCAGUUUUGUUUUUUUGGUUCUGAGCUCCAUCUCAUUUUCCACUAUCCUGAACUCACCAUGUUUAAGGUCGUCCCCCUCCCCCAUAAACUGACUGCAAAAUCGUGCCAACAUGGCAUCUACCAUCGAUUUCCAAAUGCAUUUCAAGGUUUAAAGAAAAAAAAAAAACACUGUAGUUAUUGGCAGCACGCUGUCUGGAGUAAACUUGCGAAUAGUGUUUUCUUUGUUUUGAUUUUUUUUUAAUAAAUAUAUGUACAAAAAUGUAUAA